AUGGGUUAUACUCGAGAGGAGUAGGGUAAAGGCCUAGAGUUUAGUGGACUGCUUGAUCUGAAGGCUAUUGUGCAAAGGACUGUUAUAACACGCAUAAGAACAUCUUGGAUUAAAGCGUUUGCCGUACAAUGUUUCUCGUUUAACCACGGUUUUAAGUGAAGCUUAUUUGUACCACUUGUGGGAGCUCGUCCCCGGACCUUUUCCGAAAAUGAGUUUCGAACCUGGUUAAUUUAAAACCGACGUUUACAUGGAGAAAACUGGUUAGACAGUUGCAUUCUCCAGAAAUUUCGUUAUUUAAGGGGCUUAAAGACGUGUGUAACAAGACCUGAAGUAUUCAGGCUGGAAGGGGUUCCAUAUGCAGUGCCACAUGAAAUGAACAAAGCGCCGCAGCCUAUAGGAGGACCCCCAGGUGCCCCUCACCCUGCCCCUUCUCCCGGACUUCAGCCGGCAUUUCUGCCCGGACCAGCAGCACCUGUGGUCUUUGGGCCUCCACAAGCCACACAAAUGAACACCCCCUCGCAGCCACGACAGGGAGGAUUCAGAUCACUUCAGCAGUUCUUCCCAAACCGGCCGCAACCCCCUAGCAGCACUUCCAGAGUUCAGAGUAAUCCUCAAGCCCGAGCUGUGACACCUGUUUUCACCAUGAUUCCACAGCAGCUUACAUACGGUUCACAACCAUCUUAUUACAUCCAAGGACAGUAUCGGACAUCUUAUGUAGGUCAAACACAACAGUAUCCUGUACAACCCACACCUCCAGGGUUUUACCCAGGCACCAGUGCACCUGAUUACUCGUUUAGCGCACCUUAUUAUGCAGCACAGGGAGUACAGCAGUAUCCAGCUAGUGUUGCAGCAGCACCUGUGCUGAUGAAUCAGCCGCAAGUUCAACCAAAGCGUGAGCGAAAACCGAUUAGAAUCCGUGAUCCUAAUCAAGGUGGUAAGGACAUCACUGAAGAGAUAAUGUCUGGAGGACGAAGUACCUUUACUCCCACUCCUCCACAGGUUGUAGGAGAUAUGCAAGCCAAUGGUGAGACUCCGUAUCCUGUAACUGUUGUCAUCAGACCAGAUGACAGACCGAAGCCCACGCUUGUGUUACCUAAAGAACAUGAAAUACCAGCAUUACCGGUUACUCUGCCACUUGCUUCAUUGGAGGAGGACUACAUUAUUUCAGAAGUUGACACUAAGCCAGAUUUGUCCGAUAAAGUUCCUGCACUUCUGGACUCUGGCAUUGUGAACACUAUUUCUACAGCCACUGUAUCCUCAUUAGAAGAUGCUUCUUUAUUGGUUUCAGACUCAGUAGAACUUGUAGCCGAUGUUCCAUCAGAAAUUGUAGAGGAGUUAGUAUCUUCAAAAGUACCUUAUACGGCUGCAUCAGAAUUAGAGUUGCAAAUAUCAGCAAAUCAAGAAGUUACAGGUGGAGAAUCUUUAACUGGUUCUUUGCCGGAAAUGAGUGAAUCAGUAUUGCAUACCCAGGUAGAGUCUGAAAUAUUACCUGAAGAGCCAGUUUUAUCUGAACUUAAAAUGGAAGUAUGUGUCCAUGAAGCUGUCUUCCAGACUGAAACUAUGGAGUGUCCUAUAUCAGAGCCUGAAGAGCUAACUCCAGUUAACGUAGGAACUGUGGCACAUUUUGAGCCUGAGGGGCAGGGAGAUGAUUUGGAGAGUGAUAUCAAUCCCAUUGCUGAGCCUGAGGAAGUUCGAGCAGAGGCUGUAGAGUCUACAUGUUCAGAUACAAAAGUUGUAGAAACCUUGGAAGCUCCAUUACAAGAGGAGACUCAGCUUUCUGUUGUAGUGACAGCUGUAGCAGUUACUGCUCCAAGCAGUGAACCUCCUAUGCAAGCUGCUGUUGCUGUACAGAAGAAGAAACGAAAAAUGAAAGACCUGAACAAAAAGGGAGCAGUUGGUGAUUUACUGGAUGCUUUUAAAGAGCCACAGGUGAAUGAAGUUCCAAGAGAAGUGGAAACACAGUCUACCCCACCUGUUGCAGCUGCUGAAGAAAAAAGCUUGCCUGCCCAAGAAGAGGUAGAAGAAACAUGGGAGGAAAAGGAAGACAGACUAGAUGCAGAGUAUGUCAAACCAGAGACUGUUUUGAAUGCAGACCAGAAGUAUAAAUAUAAAGAAGAAAACUGGAAGCCUUUAAAUCCUGAAGAAAAGAAGAUAUACGACCGUGAAUUUCUUCUGGGCUUCCAGUUUAUCAAUGCAAGUAUGCAGAAACCAGAGGGGCUACCUCAUAUAAGUGAUGUUGUUCUUGACAAGGCAAACAGGAAUCCAAUUCGACCUCUUGAUCCAGCUAAAUUAUCUGAAAUGAACUGUGGGCCUGACUUUACCCCUCACUUUGCAAACCUAGGACGGCAGUCUUCUGGUAGCAGGGGACCAGAACUGUUCCGUAAAGUACGCAGCAUAUUGAAUAAGCUGACACCUCAGAUGUUCCAACAGUUGAUGAAACAAGUAACCGAUCUUACUGUUGACACAGAAGAAAGAUUGAAAGGGGUUAUUGACCUAAUAUUUGAGAAAGCAAUUUCUGAGCCAAACUUCUCAGUUGCCUAUGCUAAUAUGUGCAGAUGCCUUAUGGGGGUAAGUAUUUUUCAAGGAGUGAGUGGAGGUACAAGUAUUUUUCAAGGAGUGACUAAAGAAUCUGUUUUUACUGUACAAAUGCACAUCAUGCCUGAGGAAAAGGCCCGGUUGCGUGAAGCCUUGGAGGACGCACGGGACAAGGCCAGACGCCGAUCACUGGGGAACAUAAAGUUUAUUGGAGAGUUGUUCAAACUGAAGAUGCUGACAGAGCCUAUUAUGCAUGACUGUAUUGUGAAGCUGCUAAAAAACCAUGAUGAGGAAUCCCUUGAGUGCUUAUGCAGGCUGCUUACUACAAUUGGCAAGGAUCUGGACUUUGAAAAAGCUAAGCCGCGAAUGGAUCAGUACUUUAAUCAAAUGGGAAAGAUUAUUAAGGAGCGUAAAACAUCAUCUCGAAUUCGUUUUAUGCUACAGGAUGUAAUAGACUUGCGAUUGUGUAACUGGGUGCCAAGGAGAGGAGAUCUGGGGCCUAAAACAAUUGAUCAGAUUCACAAAGAGGCAGAGAUGGAGGAGCAGAUGCAGCACAUAAAGGUCCAGCAGCAGCUUUUGAUGAAGCAGGACAAGAGGAGAGUGCCUCCAAGCCGGGAAAUUGGAGGUGGUCGAGGGGCUCCAAAUACAGAUGAUGGGUGGAACACUGUGCCCAUCAGCAAAGGAAGCAGACCCAUAGAUCCAAGCAGACUCAAGAUUACAAAGCCAGGAACACUCGACUGCAGUAAUCAGCUUUUGGCCCCAGGUGGCAGACUUGCUAGCUGGGGUAAGGGAAGUAGCGGUGGAUCAGGCACAAAACCCAGUGAAACAGCCACAGAAUCAGGAAGGCCUGGAACCAGCACUUUGAACAGAUUUUCUGCAUUGCAGCAGUCAUCUUCAGGAGACAGCCUAGACUCUAGGAGAGUGGUUCAGAGAAACAGUUCAAGCAGAGAGAGAAAUGAGAAGGGAGACAGAGAAAGGUAUGAACGAACAGAUCGUUAUGACAGAGGAAGCGAGAGGAGUGACCGCUUUGAUAGAAGUGAAAGGAUAGACCGAUUUGAGAGACCUGAACGUGGAGAGAAGGUAGAUCGUAGUGACAAGAACAGACCACUAAUAACAAAAAGGAGUUUCGGCAAAGAAUCUGAAGACAGGAGUAGGGAACGCGAGAAACGUCCCUCUCAAGAACCCAUCAGGAAAGCAGCCAGUGCAGUAGAAGAGCGUGAGAAGGCUGCAGAGGUUGACAGGGUUAAAGAACCAAGUGUAAAACGUGAACCUGGAGUUGCACCGGCCGUUACUAAACCAGCCUUAUCUGAGGAGGAGGUAGAAAAGAAAUCCAAGGCUAUCCUUGAAGAGUUUCUACACAUCAAUGACAUGAAGGAAGCUGUGCAGUGUGUGCAGGAAAUGAAUUCUGCACAGCAUCUCUACAUUUUUGUCAGAGAUGGUAUUGAGUCAACACUGGAAAGGAGUACAAUAGCCCGAGAGCAUAUGGGUCUUCUUCUGCACCAGUUGGUUAAAGUUGGCAUACUUCCCAGAGAUCAGUACUACAAAGGUAUUCGGGAAAUAUUGGAGGUGGCUGAAGACAUGGAGAUUGAUAUCCCGCAUAUAUGGCAGUACCUCGCUGAACUGAUUACUCCACUGCUGCAUGAGGGAGGAAUCCCCAUGGGAGAACUUUUUAGGGAGGUUGCAAAGCCACUAGUGUCUAUUGGGAAGGCUGCAGUUUUGCUGGUUGAAGUUUUGAGUUUACUUUGUAAAGGAAUGAGUCACAAAAAGGCAGGAAUGUUAUGGCGUGAAGCUGGGCUUAGCUGGAAAGAGUUCCUACCUGAAGACAUUGAUGUGAACAAAUUUGUGACCGACAAGAAUGUAGAAUUCACCAUGGGAGAGGAUUCUGAAAUGUCAAGUAAGAAGGAGCUGUCUAUGGAUGAACUGUGCAGACAUUUGGAUAAACUGCUUAAAGAGAAUGCAGAUAACCAAAGAAUAUAUGAUUGGAUUGAGGUAAUAAGACUUGAAUAUGAUACCUUUUUCAGCUGUAGAAAUACUAUGGAUUUAUAUUUAUUUAGAGUAAUAUUUGUUGGUAUGAUUGACUGA